GGAGUUACCGCUCAUCUGGGAGUGCAGAGGUUCUUACAAAUUAUGUGCAUUAAUUUCAUUAACCUGAGGCUGGGUGUGGCAAAGUGGUACUUGUGAAACUGCUAGGGUGUGUGGGUGUUCUCUCCAUCCUGUUGCCUGUCAUUUGGGGAUUGCUCAUUAUAUACAGGAGGCACCUACUCUUCUCAUCACUGAAGGCUUCCUUAAGCAGCAAGAACAUGGAAGGCUUGUGGAAAAGUGGUGUUCUGCUGGUAACCCUCUGCUUGGCUUUCCACCAAGCUGCUGCAAGUCCCCUGUCUUUGGAGAAAAAAUGUUCAGAAGGUCCAGAGUCAUGGUGUCAAGACUUCCCAACUGCGUUGAAGUGUGGAACUUUGGAAUACUGCCAGCAAAUGCUGGGACCUCACCCCCCAGUGAGAAACCUGAAAUGUUCUCUGUGUAAGAUGGUUGUAGUCAUGGUGUCAAAGGUCAUACAAGACAAUUCCACAGAUGAAAGACUUGCUAGAUUUUUGGAGAAGGGAUGCCAGUAUCUUCCUUUCCAGGACUGGUCAGUCAAGUGCAAGAAGAUGGUGGACACUGGAGUUAUAAUUCUGGUUCAACUUGGAAAACAAAUGCAGGAUAAGCCUGAUAUCGCAUGUGGUGCCUUCAGGCUUUGCAGCAGUCAUCGUGAAACCAUUGAAGGAGCCCUGAAAUUUAAAAGGCCAUUAACGUCAGAGGAAACACCUAAAAUGACAGACUUCGCUGAAGUGUUGGCUCCCUUCCUAGUAAAUGUGCCUCUUCUCCUCUACCCUCAAGAUGAAGGCUAUUAUGAAUCUCAGAAGGAAGAAAACUCUUGUCAACAGUGUAAGGAGGUGGUUGCUGAGAUGAAGGAGGAUAUACAGAGCAGCCCCUUCUUUGUCCAGUCCUUACAGGUAUAUGCCAAACAGCACUGUGAACUUCUGGACUCAGACUUGGUUGAUGAGUGCAAGAAGUAUGUCUUUGAAUAUUCCCAUGCGUUUGUGCAGUUGAUGGCAGACCUAUUGGAUCAGCCACCAAGCAGCACUUGUACCGAAGCUAGACUCUGUAACGCUGAACCAUCUGAGCUUUUCCAUAGCUUGGUACCAGCCGGCAACCUUCUUGACUCCUAUACACCUGAGUCCGUAGAGAAAACUUCAAAUGCAGAAAAGCCUGCUCUGUUGUGUGGCAUCUGCAAGAAAGUGAUACAAGCAGCAGAGAAUCUGGUGGAGAACAACGUUACAGAAGAGGAGAUAGUCCAUCAGAUGAAGAACAUCUGCUAUUUGCUGCCUCCUGAGGUCCUAGACCAGUGCAAGGACUUUGUAAACUCCUAUGGAAUGGCUGUUGUUGUUAUGCUUUUGGAUGCAACUAAACCCGAAUCUGUGUGCAUCAUUCUCAGAUGUUGCCCCAAAGAUAUCUCUUUAAAUGCUGAGACUGCUGCUCUUGAGCAACUCCCGAAAUACAAUGAAAGUGAAUUCUGCCAUGUGUGUACGAUUGUCAUUAAAUACUUUGGUGACGAACUGGGGAAGAACACAACACAGGCACAGAUUGGAUCCAUGCUUGUUAAGGGCUGCCAAUUGCUCCCGGAAGCUUUGGUGUAUCCAUGUGAUCAACUGGUGGCGCAAUAUGAGCCAUCUGCUGUCCGCCUCCUGAUACAGAUCAUGGAACCAACGUUUGUGUGUGCUAAGCUGGGAGCCUGUCCUGGAUCCCAUCUUGUGGGCAUGGAAGCCUGCGCCUGGGGCCCUAGCUACUGGUGCAAGAACAUGGAGAGUGCUGCCCAGUGCCAGGCCAUUGAAUACUGCAAACAUCAUAUAUGGAACUAGAGGCAACCCUUCAAUGAAAGAACGUUGACUGCAGUUUUAAUGAACAAAUUCUGGAAUUCGACUGGGUGGGAAAUAGUAAGAGGUCUAAAUGUUGCUGGGGGCCAUCUUCCUUUUUCAUAUUUGGCCCAGUUUUAAGUAUGAUUGCUAUUGAGUGCCUGGUCCAAUUUAAAGAGAGAGAGAGAGAGAGAGAGAGUGAUUGUAGAGGGAAAAACAGGUUGUUCAUAAUGCUCUGAAUCACCAUAUGUUUAGUUUGGGUUUUCAAGCCAUGGUGGAGGAGGACAUGGGAGGGGGAGAAACUUGGGGAGUAUGGAAUUACUAGAAUAGAUAAGAAUUUCCUUUAAAAUGGUUUUUAGUAUAAUACUAAUAAAUUGCCAGGUGCCAAUAGAAGAAGGGGAGAAAAAUAAUAGUCCAAAACAGGGUGCCUAAAAUGAGAUUGUCACGUUUCCAAUGCGUUCUGCCUAUAAUAGCAUGUAAAUGAAUACUGAAUUUUAAAUAUGUCCUUGUGUAACUUUGAGGGAAAUGGUUUGGGAUUUUUAUUGCACAGGACCACACCCAGUGGACAGAACAUGACAGCGUUCCACUGAGACAUUCUUCUUUCACAUAUGUUGUUGAACUGGGUCUUUUAAAAUCCUUUUCAUCGAAUUUAAUAUAUUAAAAAUUGAAAUAUUUUAAAUCUGCCUCCGUCUUUCAUACUUUUCUUCAAGAAACUCCAGGAACUAUUGCUAUGUGAGCUUUGGGCAAGUUUUAUGUUCUUGAGGGCUCAAAGUCAUGUUGAGGAGACUUUUCUCUUCAGUAUUUGUGGGGGGAGGGGGUCUGAAAUUUAUUCUUUUUAUUGUAAGACAUCAGGUUUCAGAAUAAAAGAAGCCACUUCCAGUCAAUGAAUAUGGGAGAGUAACAUAUUACUUGUACUUAUUACUCUGUCCUGUCUUGUUUCUAAGCUGUGUUAUUUGAGAUUCUUUUAAACUGGUGAUGCCCGAUUAAAUCUGGGACUGUGUAUGAAUAAAGUAUACUCUGUACCAAUAAACUGCAGCCCCCCUCCCUCUUAUACUUACAGGUAUUU